GUCUAGGGUUUUCUGUUUGCAGCUUCUUUUACUCUAAAACCCCAAGCUUUCCUCUUGUUAAAAAUGCCGCCUUUAGCUUCUCUGCAACUUCGCCGGCUCCUCCAUAACUGCCUCACUUCUUCUUCUUCGAUUCAAUCCCAUGGUUUCCUCUGUAUCAGAACCCCAUUUUCUUCUCAUUUCUCUACUACCUAUUCGAUUAAAUUCCCAUUUAUUUCCUCUCUGUCUAGAUCUUUCUCCACUGAAAAUCCUACAUCCCCAAACCAGCAAGACCCAGAUGCAGUUGCACAAUCUCUCUCGAUGGAGCUUCUGGAAAACACUGAUUCGGAUCCUAUGCCCAUCACCGAGCGGCUCCAGCUCAAAUUCUCUCAUGUCACGCCGACCCCUGCCGUGAUCUUACAGGCACUCAAUCUCUCGGCGGAAGCUGGCCGAGCGGUUUUGGGAUUCAACAUGUGGCUCGUCUCAAACCCUAGUUUCAAGCAUACGGAUGAAACGCUUUCGUAUUUCAUUGAUUACUUUGGCCGAAGAAAGGAUUUCAAAGCCAUCGAUGAGUUACUUGCUGAAAACAAGGGCAUUGCUGGAGCUAAAGCUUUACGGUCUUACAUUGAUAGGCUGGUUCGGGCUGGUCGGCCGACGCAAGUUGUCGGGUUUUUUGAGAGAAUGGAGAGGGAUUAUGGGUUUAAACGUGAUAAAGAUUCACUUAGGUUGGUUGUUGAAAAAUUGUGUGAGAAGGGGUAUGCGAGUAAUGCAGAGAAAAUGGUGAAGAACUUGGCAAACGAGAUAUUCCCUGAUGAGCUGAUAUGUGAUUUGUUGAUAAAAGGUUGGUGUGUUGAUGGGAAACUCGACGAAGCAAAAAGAUUGGCAGGAGAAAUGUAUAGAGGUGGGUUUGAGAUUGGGACAAUGGCCUAUAAUUCCAUUCUUGAUUGCGUGUGUAAACUUUGUAGGGAAAAGGAUCCUUUUAGGCUUCAUUCUGAGGCUGAGAAGGUGUUGUUGGAUAUGGACUAUUAUGGGGUUCCAAGAAAUGUGGAGACUUUCAAUGUAUUGAUUAACAACUUGUGUAAGAUUAGGAAGACUGAGGAUGCAAUGAAGUUGUUUUAUAGGAUGGGAGAAUGGGGGUGUUAUCCGGAUGAAGAUACAUAUUUAAUUUUGAUUAGGAGUUUGUAUCAGGCUGCAAGGGUUGGAGAGGGGGAUGAGAUGAUUGAUAGGAUGAAGUCUGCAGGUUUUGGGGAUAAGCUUGAUAGGAAAGCAUAUUAUGGAUUUUUGAAGAUCCUUUGUGGGAUUGAGAGGAUUGAACAUGCUAUGAAUGUUUUCAAGAAGAUGAAGGCGGAUGGAUGUAAACCAGGGAUCAAGACUUACGAUUUGUUAAUGGAGAAGUGGUGUGCUCACAAUCGCCUUGACAGAGCAAAUGCACUUUACAAUGAAGCUUUGAAGAAUGGGGUGCCCGUGGAACCCAAGGCAUAUAAAGUGGAACCGAGAUACAUGAAAAAACCAAAGGUUGUAGUGAAGGAAAAGAAGCGGGAGACAUUGCCAGAGAAAAUGGCCAGGAAAAGGAGGCGCCUCAAGCAAAUCCGGUUAAGUUUUGUGAAGAAGCCAAAGCCAGCAAACCGAAGACGAAGAUUGGCCUAGACUCUUAAUCAUGUCUAGAUUUUACUUGUGCCAUGCUGGAAGUGGUAGGGUAUGGCCAUUCUGAUUUGCUGUUCUUGUUUUAGUUAUGAUCAUUUAUCUUUUAUGAACUUUGAUGUCUUACAUCUUUUCAUGGAUUUUUGACCCUGAUCAGGUUCUGUUGUUUUUACUGUUAACAUUGGAAAUAAAUUUUGUUUUAAGAU